AUGACCACUCAGCUCCUCUCUACGGAGCUCACUAAUCUCAUCCAAGAGAGCAAGCGAAAGCAUAAUGAUCUUAGACAGGCAGCAGAGAAGUCCUUAGAGGAACUUAGAGGAAUCCGCGCUACAAGCGAAGCACAGCUUGCUGCUGAACUCUCCCAAAGGAUUAACUUCGUCAACCCCUUUGUUAUAGCAUGUGGGACGAGGAACGCCAAGUUCACCGGCAUAGCUAUCGUAUGCUUGUCGCGUCUCAUUCUUGUCACGGCACUGCCACGAUCAAAAUUGAGCCCUGUAUUGGAGGCAUUGCGCGAGGCAACAUCUGCUGGUCUUGAUGUCCAACUCAAGAUUCUGCAAGCUUUACCAACUCUACUUCAAAACUUUUCCAAGGAGAUCCAAGGAGACCUAUUAGUCACUGCAUUGAAUAUUUGCUUCAUUCUGCAGACUACCAAAAAUGGCAUCGUCAAUAAUACUUCUGCUGCUACACUACAGCAGCUUGUUAUGACUGUAUUCGAAAAAGUGGUAGCCGAAGAUAAAUCAGCAUCUGAUGCAAAUUAUGUCGGCCAUGCUCCUACCGAUGAUGGCGAAGUCCAACUUCGUGCAGCAUCUAUGGAUGCAUAUCGCAUAUUCCGAGAUAUAUGUCUGAUGACAGAAAAUCAACGACCAGAAUAUCUCCGCUUCACGGGUCUUCCCCAAACAUUUGGCCUAGAGUUGAUAGAAUCGGUCUUGAGUCAACAUGCAACAGUUUUUACAAGUUCACAACACCCAGAACAAGCACACAUACUCCGCACAAGUGUCAUGCCUUUUGUGAUCAAGGCUUUAUCCGCCAAACCGAAUUUCGCAACUUCCGUACGACUUGUACGUAUUCUUUACACAUUAUUGAGGAAACACUUGGAUAUUCUACUAUCGGAGGGCGGUGAGGCUCUUGAUACACUCACCCAGUUGCUAGAUCAAGAUGCAGCAUCAUGGAGGAGGGCGUUAUGUAUGGAAGUUUUUCGUGGCAUAUUCUCCGAACCUCCUCUUCUCCGGCGAAUUUUCGCAUUCUAUGACUCUAGGGAGGGAGAGAAGGAUAUUCUCAAGACUCUGACUGCUACAUUCGUUAGAGUCAGCACAGAAAAGCCAACGGUUAUUGGGCUAGGUCAUCAGUCCACAAUACCAGUGGCUAACCCAUACGCAAAUAUGGGUGGUUCGUCAGAUCAAGCUAUGUUGGAAGCCAGCGGAGUCACUGGAAUUAUCAGUGGAUCUGUGAGCGAGGGCCAUAACACGGGUAUUAGCUCACAAUGGAGUACGGUUAGAGUUGCCUGCAUCGACCAACUCGACAAGACCGAACCACCCCUUGUUCCGGAGUCUUACGUUUACGCGUUGACACUAUCCUGUAUUACUUCGCUAUCGGAAGGAUUGGCUAAGUUUAUCUUGCCCCUUACGGUUCCUCCUGAUAGUCGAGCGCGCAAGCGUAAUGCCAAACAGUCAGAAAUGGGGAGGGACUCUCCAAGUUUAAUUGAUGACGAUAGCAAUGCUCCCAAGACAGCAGUAGAAAGAACUGCUACACUGAGCUCCCUCGAGAGAUCUGGUUCGUUCAAGAAAAAUCCCGUACCUCUCAAUCCUUUAGCAGUCCAGGAUCACCCGUUGCAUGCCGAGGUCAAGAUAUGCGCAGCGAUUAUUGAUGAAUGCUGGCCGGCAAUACUUGCAACGUGUUCCACUUUUCUAUUUGCUGCACUUGAUUCGGAAUAUUAUCAUGGCCUGGUUCGUGCCUUUCAAAAAUUUGCUCACGUUGCUGGAUUACUUCAUCUCACAACUCCAAGAGAUGCUUUCUUGACUACCCUAGGUAAAGCAGCCGUACCGCCGAAUGUAUUCAGUGCUUGUCUCAACCCUAGCACACCCAAAGCAAACCCGACUAGCCCUAUUACCGAGACGCCCAAUAGUAUCUUGGGUAACGCCAGGGGCCUUUUGAGUGUUGAUAAUCUAGUCACUCCAGUGGGUGCCGCUGGUGAAAGACAAAGGCAAUUGUCGGCGGACGCUAACACCAUACCACAAACGUUGAAUACUCGGAAUCUUUUAUGCUUGCGAGCACUUUUGAAUCUAGGUAUAGCUUUAGGCCCGACGCUCAGCUCGUCUUGGUCGAUUAUCUUGGAAACGUUACAGCAAGCUGACUUCGUUCUCUUCACCACCGGGAAGGCCCCCGGGAGAACUCCUCUCGCCGGAAAGGGUCCGGAUGCCAGGGCGGAGAACGAGGCGGCUUCGCUUUUGGCUAAUUUUAGUACCGAAACAAGGGCCGUGGAAACCGCUGCGUCUAGACUUUUUGAAAGCACCGUUGAUUUUCCCAAUACAGCGUUCGUGGAGGUUGUUGAUGCUGUAUGCAAUUUAUUAGACCAACAGUCAGAGCCAGCCUCGGAACCCUCAAGCCGACCGCAGUCCUCACCUUCCCUGACACCGCCAAUACCAGGUCUUCGGCCGCCGAGUGGCCAGCAUAGGAGGCUUCUUAGCAUAUCCAGUACCGGACCCAUGGGCCCUAGCCAAGAAGAUCAAUUUACCUUGGCAAAGAUUGGCGAGAUCGCGACGAUCAAUAUUGAAAGGCUUUUAAGUUAUCCUCCAGAUGUAUCAGGUUGGACGCGAAUUACGACGGAGCUCACAGGUGCAUUAAGCUCUGCGCAAUUAUCUGCACCGAUUCGCACUCGCGCUGCAGACAUCAUAGUCCAUCUUAUUCUGGACGCUGCCAAAGCAGUUGUUGGCGUCGACGAUGAGACUCGUGGUAGGGUCCAGCUUCGUUUAUUAGAAGCUCUCCGAGACUCUUUACUGCCGCUACAAUUAGAAGACCGUGCGGCCUCUGUAGCCACCCACUCAACGGAUGUUGAUAUCCAUAAAAUCAUACUCGGGGGCCUUAAAAGUCUUUUAGAUGACUGUGGUGACGCACUUUUGAGCGGCUGGGAGGUUACCUUCGAAGUCAUUGGCAGUAUCUUUAUACCAAAAAGGUUCGGUUAUGAAAGUGCAAAAGACCCUGGCGGCCAAUCUCUGGCCCUAACUACACGAUCUGGCAAGCUUAUUAGAUCUGCGUUUAAUUCUCUACAGCUGGUUUGCUCUGACUUCCUCGGGUCGUUACCAAAGUCUUGCUUUCUUAUUCUCGUUGAUACCCUGUACAAAUUCUGUUCGCAAGAUGACGAUUUGAAUAUCGCAUUGACGACCGUCACUUUUUUCUGGGUUCUUUCUGAUUUCUUGUCUGGUCGAAGCAAGCAACUUGCGAUUACUGAUAGUCUCGUCGACGAUCCUGAUGGUAUCUCAUUAGUUGAGAAAGCCUCGAAUGCGGAGGAUGCAUCUUCAGAUGCGGCCUUAUGGAUGCUCCUCUUAUUGAGAUUGACUACCGUCACUACCGACGAAAGACUUGACUUGAGAAAUAGUGCCAUCCAGACAUUACUACGGAUAUUCGACGCUUACGGAGAUAGGCUUGGCCCUGAGGCAUGGUCUAUUUGCAUUAAAUCGGUCAUCUUCAAACUUCUGGCGUCCAUAGAGAAGGAACUCGAGGACGUUGGUAAACAAGAAAUUGAUGAGAAAAUCCGGUUUGAUUGGUACGACACAGCCGUCGUGGUGCUUAACGGCAUAUCAAGCCUUCUCGCCAACUAUCUCGACGUGUUGACCGUACAUCCGACAUUCAAUUCAUAUUGGCAACAGCUUCUCGGUCAUUUUGCUUCUUUACUUGACUUUCAAGUCCUUGAGAUAAGCACUGCGACAUUUAAGGCAUUGACACAAAUGCUGUCGCAUAGCCAGAGCGGCACAAAGCAGAAUUUCAACAAGGUCACAAUCGAUUUGGCGUGGGACUUAUGGUCACGCGGCGUGCCGGUCUCUAAGACUGGUAAUACAGGGAAAAUCACAGACAACCAAAACUGUCUUCUUGCCUAUGUCGCGGCUCUCCGUGACGUAUAUCGCCUUAUACAAGUUGAUCUUACGGUAGACCGCAUUCGCCGAAUGUUAGCGCUAUUGCGGGAAGUUAUGCAGGUUGCUACACCUGGGACGUAUAUAGCGGAUAUCGAUCAUGCCACGCCAUUACAAGGGCAAGUACUAGAAGUGAUAAAGAUGCUUCGAACCGAUCUGCCAGGGGCGCCAUCAGCGUUGAUAUCUCAAACAUCAGAGUUUAUUUCGCUGGCCUUCGUCGAAGAGCAUGGCAUGUCGAAUCAACGGAAUUCGCAGAAGCGCACCUAUGUUGCUAUGUCGAAAAGUAGCAUGUCAAUCCUCCAAUCUCUCAUCAUCACCCAUGCCUCUGAUGUAAGCAUAUAUAGUGACGGCGCCUUCUUGACUGCGCUUACUGCUUUGUCAAGACCAAUUGUGCUCAAGUACCGAUUCCCGAUUAUUACGAAAUCGGAACAGCCAUGGAAACAGGCAACAACAUCGGCUUUAGUUAUUUUGGCAGCUACUCUUCCAGAACUUCACAAGCUUGAGAUAUCUCGAUCAAAUCUGCAGGACAUCUGGGAUAUGAUCGUUACUGUCGCCAACGGAAUAGUCAAUGCGGAUUGCGAUGCGCCACCAGAUCGAGUAAAUAUUUCCGAAGACCAAGAUUUCGACAUCACCACCUUUUUAAAACUCCGUGAACUUAUCAUUCCUUCCCUGGGUGCGGAGGUUGUAACGGAUAAGACGCGAAAGAUAUUCGCAGAAAAUCUGUUCCGCAUGUCUAUUAUACAUACACCUGCCCCUGCAGAAUCUUCACUCAUCUAUGGAAGCAAUGGAAGUGACAUAGCUGGGCUCUCAAAUCUUUAUAAGUCGCGGAAAGGGCGCACUAUUGACCCACCCCCUGCUAAACGAGAGAAAAUGAGUUAUGUUUGUCUAGAUGAGUUGUUUGCUUUAGUUGCUAGCCAUAAUGAAGCAUCGACACCUCAGAUCACUGUCCAACCACCAACACCAGCUUUCCCACCUCGGGCCUCGGCAGCGGCUAACAUGCCGUUUGAAGCACCCCAUGCUUUGCAUGUAAGAUUAGCAAAAACAACAGCAUCGUACUUGAUUUUACGGGCGGCGCUUACGAUAAGAGCCUACAUUGCGGACCAGCCACUGCGUGGACAUAUGCCGCAACCUCUCAGCCAACGCCGCGAACUUACGAGAAUAUUGGAAAGACUAGUCGAAUUACGGAGCGAGCCAGACGCUAUCCCGGAUACGCCCAAUGUCGAGAGCGAGAGUCGCAAGCACUUGCUUAGGCUCUACCCGCUGCUGGUUAGUGCUUUAAAGGUCUCUGGCACGAGUGGAGAUGAGGGCACAUUGAGUCUAUUAACGAAGGCGUUGGAAGUCGUCGGAACGGAGUUGGGGAUAUGAAGUUGGUGUUCGUUAGGAAUAGAGCUGAUUUGAAUUCGUCGUCAACGCCGCCUUUGAAUUGUCUUACGGUGGGUGUACGUACUUGUAACUAAAUAGCACUUAUGAAUUAUAGAUAAAUCAUCAUAUCGCCGAAGUACCACCCAGG